AUUCCAAACAUGUAAAUUAUUAUCUCUAGAUUUCAGUUGCAUCUUACUAUAAAUACCAUUCCUCACCAACUGAACCUUCCAAAACAAAUCAAACCUUCUUUCAAGUAAUCCUAAAAUCUUUUUUAGAGGUCUUUUAUAUUACGGAGUACUCAAGAAGUAGCAUAUUAUUCCCUCUAUCGAAAACUUGAAAACAUAAUAAAUAACAUCAUGGUUUUCAGAUUGCCUUCAAUGAUCUCGUCAUCUUCCAAACAAUUUUUAAAAUUGCACAGCAAAAACCAAAAAGGCGUACCAAAGGGCCAUGUCGCGGUGUAUGUGGGAGUUAACGAGGAAAAGAAGCGGUAUGUGGUGCCCUUGACAUGCUUGAGUCGUCCAGAAUUUCAGAACCUUCUAAGUCGAGCUGAAGAAGAAUUUGGCUUCAACCAUCCCAUGGGCGGUCUCACCAUUCCCUGUAAUGAAGAAACAUUUAUUCAUGUUCUCAACUGUCAAUAGGUUUUAUUGAUGGAGUUUAAAAUCUCCUCAAUUUUGACUUCUACAUAUUUCAUUAUAUCAUGAGAACCACAUUACACCUGUAUAUAGAUACAAACAGCUUCAAUCUCACCUUGGUUGAGUGGGCUGAUUUUUCUGUAGUUGUAGAAUAAAUAGAUCAAUGCAAAAUAUUAUUCUUCAA